UUUUACUUUGCAACUGUAACAUUCUUUUAAUGUAGUUUAUUUAUGUAGUUUUAUUUACCGUGACAAACAGAACCAAACGAAACUUCAUUAAAUAAUGAUGAGUGUUACAUGCCUGUCUCCCACCAUGGUAUGCUGAAAAUAUCCCCCUCACUUUGUAAAUUGAUUUUAAGACAUUUAGCAAGAAUUAAAUCCUUCCACUGCAGUUGCAUCAUCACCUGCUAUACACAACAAAGAGAUGUUUACAUAUAUAUUGAAUAGCAGCAAUUUUUUUCUAUUAUAAUCAGUUAAUGUGCAUUCAAUUUUCUUGUAUUCCCCAAACUGCUCUUUCUGAUCUAUUUCUGUCUUAAUAUACAGUUUGCAAAAGAACAGAGAUUAUAGUGUUUUCAGUGCUCAGAUUGUAUGCUGUUUGAUAAGUGAUGCUUCUGCUUUAAUAUCUGUAUUUAUUGUGGCCAGAUCAAUGUCUCUGUGAGAAAGCACAAGCAAGUCUAUAUUGAAACUGUUCUGUAGAAGUUUCUGCUAUACUCACCGUCAAUCCAUCUCUUUUCCCUUGCAGCUUUUGUGUAGGUGCAAAUAAAUAAAAACUUUCUCUCAGCAAAUUGAAAGGAAUAUAGCAGCAAGAUGUCUGCCCGAAGUGGGAAAAAGAAAAUGUCCAAAAUGUCACGCUCAAGCAGGGCAGGUGUUAUUUUCCCUGUGGGGAGGAUGAUGCGCUACUUGAGGAAAGGAACAUACAAGUACCGGAUAGGUGUUGGAGCGCCAGUCUACAUGGCAGCUGUCAUAGAAUACCUAGCAGCUGAAAUACUAGAGCUAGCGGGGAAUGCAGCAAGAGACAACAAAAAGGGAAGAAUUGCCCCCAGACACAUCCUCCUGGCAGUUGCCAAUGAUGAGGAACUGAACCAGUUGCUAAAAGGAGUGACCAUUGCAAGUGGAGGGGUCCUGCCCAGAAUUCAACCAGAACUUCUUGCCAAAAAACGAGGUGCCAAAAGCAAAUCUGAAACUAUCCUUUCCCCAUCUCCUGAAAAGAGAGGGAGGAAAUCCUUGGUAAGCAAGAAGAGUGGAAAGAAAGCAAAGGCUACCAAAGCCCGGGCGCCCAAAAAGAGCAAGCAGAAGGAGAAUGAAAAAGAAGGGGCUUCAAAUUCAACAUCUGAGGAUGGACCUGGGGAUGGAUUCACCAUCCUGUCUUCUAAGAGCCUCGUUCCAGGACAGAAGCUUUCUCUGACACAAAGUGACGUCAGCCAUAUUGGCUCCAUGAAAGUAGAAGGCAUUGUUCACCCAACAACUGCUGAAAUAGACCUCAAGGAGGAAAUAGGCAAGGCCUUGGAAAAGGCUGGUGGGAAAGAAUUUUUAGAAACAGUAAAAGAGCUCCGCAAAUCACAAGGACCUUUGGAAGUUGCUGAAGCUGCCCUCAGCCAGUCCAGUGGACUAGCAGCAAAGUUCGUGAUCCAUUGUCACAUCCCACAGUGGGGUUCAGACAAAUGUGAAGAGCAACUUGAGGAGACUAUUAAGAACUGCUUAACAGCUGCAGAAGACAAGAAAUUGAAAUCUGUGGCUUUCCCACCUCUCCCCAGUGGCAGAAACUGCUUCCCAAAACAGACCGCAGCCCAGGUGACUCUCAAAGCCAUUUCCACCCAUUUUGAUGACACUAGUUCUUCCUCCCUGAAGAACAUUUACUUUCUGCUCUUUGACAGUGAGAGCAUCGGAAUCUACGUGCAAGAAAUGGCCAAGCUAGACACCAAGUAGCUAUGGCAGCCAAAUGAAGCUUUAUUUUUCAACGUAAAUUUGAGUAGCAUUAAAGAAUUAGAGGUGGGUUUUAUUUUUAAAAUGUGGUGAAGAGGGGGAAUGUUAGUAGUUUGAUGUUUUGUGACUUAAUGGAGAACUUUGCUAUGGAGGAGAGGGUUUAGUCUGUGAUUAAUUCUUGCUAUAGAUACCCCCUACCAUUUUAUAUCACCUUAAAGAAAUCUUGAGUAGUUAAUUUGCCAUUGUUUAAAUGUGUCUUGCUUUUUUAGUUUAGGACUCAUUUUAGAUUUGUAGCUUUGAAUUUACACACACACACACACACACACACACACACUCUUUGUUCCCCUUUCUUUUUUCGAGGGUGGAUGGCAAAAUGUUAAUUUUUUUUUGUCUACAUUCCAUGUUGAAGAGAGAAUUUUAAAGAUGUACUAGGACCUUCUAUUUUGUUUUACUCCAUAAUAAUCUCUCUGUAAUUACUGAGAAUAUUUCAUCGUUUUUUUUGUUUUAUAAGAAAAAAGAAAAGAAAAGGUGUCAAGUGUAUUUAUUAUAAACCAUACCCUAACUGCAGACACUUUUGCCUUAAAAUGAAAGUCAACAAUACCUCGUGUGGAAAUAUUUGACAUGUGAAUACUUAGUGUACAGGCAGUACCAAAUCUGUGGCCACAAAAUACUGCCAUAUAAAAGACACUGAAUUAGA